AAGUUUGCUGAGUUGAUGUUCCCAUGAAAAUAAAAGUCUGUAAUUAGCUGCAAAAACACAUACAGUCACUACACUUAUUUUGUUCAUGUCACAAGUCUUCAGUGAAACACUGAACAGAAAGGAGACAUUUUAACCAGAACCCAUUAUUUGCGGAUUCAUGAAUUGAAUCGUGAAAUCCCCAAUGUCUGGCGAUUUUCUUCGGACAUCGUUUUCUCUCAAGAUCGCAGUCUUUUUCUUCAUCGCCGUCACCUUCUUCUACUUCGGCAAGCAUUGGUCCGAUGGCUACAACCAGCUUGUGUUCUUCAGCACUCAACAUUCCGACCCAGAUUCGAACACGAGCCCGGUCGUUACCACGUCGCCGAAUUACGCUAAAUCUUUUAACCUCUCCGCGCUUAUUGACCAGAACAUAACCCAAGCGGUGCCGGAAAAUGUUCCGCCGCCUCCGGUGCCGGAGGUGCCGAUCGAGCAAACGGGGAUCGUGAACAAUAAUGGCACGAUGUCCAAUGAGUUCGAGGUGGGGGAUUUCGAACCCGGUAUGGUGGAUCAGUGGGUGAACGAGUCCCAGGUUGAGAGGGAAGGUUCUUCUUCUGAUUCUGAAUUGGCAAGGAAGAAGUUUGGGUUGUGCCCGCUCGAGAUGAGGGAGUAUAUACCUUGUUUGGAUAAUGAGGACGCGAUUCGGAAGCUGCCUUCCACAGAGAAAGGGGAGAGGUUCGAGCGGCAUUGCCCCGAGCAAGGUCAAGGGUUGAAUUGCUUGGUUCCUGCACCCACUGGGUACCGUACUCCUAUUCCAUGGCCCAGAAGCCGAGAUGAGGUAUGGUUCAAUAAUGUUCCCCAUACACGUCUUGUUGAAGAUAAAGGAGGCCAAAACUGGAUUUCUAGAGACAAGGAUAAGUUUAAAUUCCCGGGAGGUGGCACUCAGUUUAUACAUGGGGCAAAUGAAUACUUGGACCAUAUUUCUAAGAUGAUUCCUGAAAUUACCUUUGGUCGGCAUAUACGUGUUGUUCUUGACGUUGGUUGCGGGGUUGCUAGUUUUGGUGCGUACUUACUGUCACGGAAUGUUGUCACUAUGUCUGUUGCACCCAAAGAUGUUCAUGAGAAUCAGAUUCAGUUUGCUCUUGAGCGUGGUGUACCGGCAAUGGCAGCAGCAUUUGCAACUAGACGAUUGUUAUAUCCAAGUCAAGCUUUUGACAUGAUACAUUGCUCACGCUGUAGAGUUAAUUGGACUAGAGAUGAUGGGAUACUGCUGCUUGAAGUUAAUAGAAUGCUAAGAGCAGGAGGAUACUUUGUAUGGGCUGCCCAGCCAGUUUAUAAGCAUGAAGAAAUUUUAGAAGAACAAUGGGAAGUGAUGCUUAAUCUUACAACUCGACUCUGUUGGAAUUUUUUGAAAAAAGAUGGAUACAUUGCAGUAUGGCAGAAACCAUCUGACAAUAUUUGCUAUACAAACCGUGAGGCAGGAAGUACACCUCCAUUGUGUGACCCAAGUGAUGACCCAGACAGUGUUUGGUAUGUUGAUCUAAAAGCAUGCAUCUCUGAAUUGCCUGAGAACGGAUAUGGAGCAAAUGUCACUGAAUGGCCGGCUCGUUUGCAAGCCCUUCCUGACAGGCUUCAAAGCAUACAGCUAAAUGUUUUCUCAUCCAGAACUGAGCUAUUCAAGGCAGAAUCUACAUAUUGGAAGGCAAUAAUAGCAAGUUAUGUUCGUGCUUUACACUGGAAAAAGAUCAGACUAAGAAAUAUUAUGGACAUGAGAGCAGGUUUUGGAGGAUUUGCAGCAGCAUUGAUUGAGCAGAAUUUUGAAAGCUGGGUUAUGAAUGUUGUUCCUGUUAGUGGUCCAAACACUCUUCCAGUUAUAUAUGACCGUGGAUUGAUUGGAGUUAUGCAUGACUGGUGCGAGGCAUUUGACACCUACCCAAGAACGUAUGAUUUAUUGCAUGCUGCCAACCUCCUUUCUCUUGAGAGGAAAAGAUGCAAUGUCUCAUCCAUUAUGCUUGAGAUGGAUCGGAUACUAAGACCUGGUGGACAUGUAUACAUCCGUGAUUCUCUUGAAAUUAUGGAUGAACUUCAAGAGAUUGGCAAGGCAAUAGGCUGGCACGUGAUGUUGCGAGACACAGAGGAGGGGCCUCAUGCAAGUACUAUGGUAUUGGUUGGUGAGAAGCACUUACUACGCUCUUGAAGCCAAAUAGGGUAAAUUGCAUGACUUUUCUUUGACCUUGCAACUGGAAGUUAUCAACAGAGCAUGGGAAAAAUUGGUAUUGGAGAGGUGCUGGAAGAUGCAAGUGCAAGUACUACUAAGUGCCAGAAGAUGCAGGUGCAUGCACUUCCUUACAAACCUCAAGAGGUGGUUAGCGUUUAUUUAUCGAUACUACUGUUCUUGAGAUCCCUAAAGCUGGAUAGGUCAGGUGCAUCAUCUAACUUAUUUUUAAAAUUCAAUUUAUUUGUAUAUUCCAAAGCUCUACGUAGCUUAAAUAUAUAUAUUUUUAUUUUUCCAUGAUUAUAAGCA